AGGUACUCAAUGGAGUAUAGGUAUUGAUUGGACGACGGAGAGAUGUAAAAAAUGGCUGCUUUGCCUUCACCUACUCAGGUGGCCGGGAUACACGGUUCUAUAUAUGAGGCAUAUUAUCAUCAAGUGGAUCCAAAUGGGUCAGGUGCAAUACAAGCCCUGGAUGCAGCUAGAUUCCUAAAAAAGUCACGGCUCAGUGAUGUUGUGCUUAGUAAAAUAUGGGAUCUCUCAGAUCCUUCCGGGAAAGGAUAUCUGGAUAAGGCGGGGCUGUUCGUGGCCUUGAAGCUAGUGGCGUUAGCGCAAGCUGGUCGCGAGCUCAGCAUGGCGCUCGUGCAUGCGGACGUUGCGCCUCCCGCGCUGGCCGGGGUCCAGCCACCGACGGCGCCCCCCGCGCAGGUGGCGCAGGUGGCGCCGCCUGCGCCCAGUGACUGGAGCGUGCGGCCUCCUGAGCGGGAGAAGUACAGCCAGCUGUUCGACUCGCUUCAGCCCGUCAACGGCCUCAUACCGGGCAACAAGGUGAAGGGAGUGCUGUUGGAGUCCAAGCUGCCGCUGCAGACGCUGGGCAAGAUCUGGGACCUGGCCGAUCAGGACAAGGACGGCAUGCUCGACCGACACGAGUUCAUCGUGGCGAUGCACCUGGUAUAUAAGGCACUGGAGAAACACGCAGUGCCGACAACUUUACCGCCGGAACUCCGCGCGAAGCCCCCGCGGCCUCCUUCGAGACCCCCGUCGAGGCCUCCGUCCCGACCUCCCUCGAGACCUCCGUCGCCGCAGCCGCGGGGGGCGCCGCCCCGGCCUCAGGCUCCGGCCUCGUCCUCCGCCGACCUGCUGGAGGGGCUGCUGGAUCUCUCUAGCCCGGUGACGGCGGGACCGGGAGCUGCGUGCGACGCGGACUGGAUCUCGGACAGCGAUCGUGCGCAGUUCGAUGCCCAGUUCGUGGCCGCUGACGCCGACCGCGACGGCUACGUGAGCGGCGCCGAGAUUCGCCACGUGUUCCUGGACUCGGGCCUGCCGCAGAGUACGCUGGCCCACAUCUGGGCCGUGUGCGACGUGGAGGGCGGCGGCAAGUUGUCCCGCGAGCAGUUCGCGUGCGCCAUGUGGCUCGUGCGGCGCGCGCUCCGGGGCGUGGCUCCUCCCGCCUCGCUGCCGCCCGCGCUGCUCCGGCCGCUGCCUGCUAGCCUCAUGUCGGAGCGGGACAGUGCGGAGGCGGCGUCGCUCGGGCCGCAGCCCACGCCCGAGCUGGAGGCCAUCGCGCGCGAGGUGGACGGCCUGGUGCGGGAGCGACUGUCGCUGGAGGCGGAGCUGGCCGCCAAGCAGCGCGAGCUCGGAGCCCGGAGCGCCGAGGCGGACGGCCUGCAGAGUGAGCUGGACACUCUGACGGCGACGCUGAAGCAGCUGGAGAGCCAAAAAGGUGAAGCGCAAAAGAGAUUGAACGACUUGAAAUCUCAGGUUGAUAAACUGAGGAGUCAGGUGUCGGCACAAGAGGCGGCCGCGGCGGAGACAGAGGCGGAGGUGGCGGGUCGGCGAGCUGCCGCCGCGUCGCUGAAGGAGAGGGAGCGAGCGCUGGCCGCCGAGGCCGCCGCGGCGCAGCAGCAGGCCGACGAGCUGACCGCGCGGGCCAGCCGCACCGUGCUGCUCGUGAGCCAGGCCAACAUCAAGCUGGCGCACCUGGAGGAGCAGCACCGCGCGCUCUCCUCGGCCCUGCAGUGCCUGGCCAGCGGCGCCGGCGCGGCCGCCGUGCUGGACCUGCAGCCGCGACACUCCGAGCAGCACCUGCGGCAGCUGCUGGCCGGCACCGACUCGCUCUCGCAGGAGGACGAGUCGCUGCCGACGGGCGCAGUAAACGGUACGGACCCGUUCGUGGGCGAUGCCUUCUCGCGCCGGACUGACAACGACCCGUUCGCCGCCGCACAGGAUGGUUUCGGCAGCGACCCGUUCGCGGGUGACGCUUUCGCGGGCGACUCGUUCGCAGCGGGUGGCGCCGUUAGCGACAGUGCGUGGGAGUCGGACCCCUUCGCGGUGCUGCACGCUCCCCCGCGGGGCUCGGGCCCCGCCCCCGCCCCCGCCCCCGCCCCCGACAAGCGACACAAGACGCCCCCGCCGCGGCCCGCGCCGCCUCGACCCGUGCCGCCGCACAAGAGCGACCGCGCGCCCGUCGACUUCACCGAGGACCCCUUCAAAGACUACCGCUACGAGGAUCCCUUCAACAUCGAGGACCCCUUCGCGGACGUCACGGACGCAAGGCGGCCCACCUCCGUCGCCGGCUUCGAAACUGACGACUUCUUCUGUCCCCCCGUGAACGGGACGCUCGCGAGCACGCGGCAGACCAGCGGCCGAGUGUCCGCGCCGCCCGCCGCCCGCGACCCCUUCUCCAGACCCGCGGCGUUCAGCGACGCCAACGACAACUGGGCCGCCGACUGGCCCACCGACCUCAACGAGAACUUGAACGAAACCUGGCCCUCGAGCACGCUGCCCGCCAAGAAGGACAAGUCGCCGAAACCGGUGAAAUACGCCAAGUCGCUGGUUCACACGAUAGGCGGGAUCGGUCGGACGAGGCACAAGGAGAAGAAGAAAGCGACGGAAGCGCGCGCCACCGAGCUGUUGCCGAGUGAGGCGCAGCAGUGGGCCUGGGCCGCGGCCGAUUCCCAGCGGCUGGAGGCGGAGGCCGAGGAGCGCCGCCGCCGCGAGCACCACGAGCUGCAGCUGGCGCUGGCUCUCUCGCGCCAGGAGAAGUGACGUCACGCGCUGGCACCCGGCCUAACUGUUAUUGUACAGCGGUUUAAGUUUACUAUUGUAUUGAAUUGUGUAGCUAGAUCAUUGUUAUUAUUAUUUAAUUAUCAAUAGUAUGAAUAUUUGAUCCCAUUACAAAAUGGCGAGGUGUUUCUUGUUAUGUCCUUGCACGUGGCGCGGGUACGCCGUCGUUGGUCGUUUAUAAGAUACAAUUAAUUAGAGCGACGUAGACGGGUUACCCUUUUCAGAAACACUAUUUUUUACUACAAUCUCAAAAACAAUUAUAGCCAAUGUUUUUCAAAUUAACUAUGAUGAUAUUCAUAGCUAAGCGAAUGUGACUUCUAAAUAUUUAUACCAUUAUAAUAUCUUAAAAGGAGUCGCUAAUAAUAAUGUCUGCCCCGUGACCUGUGUACAUAACACACUCUGUAUAGGCAGUUAAUAUAUGUUGGCGCUAGCCCUAACGCCCCAUAUACAAGUAAUAAAAGGAGAACGCUUCCAGUUAUCACAUUCAAAUUCAAAAAAUUCUAAUUCAAAAUCACUUUAUUCGUGUAGGUCACGGAAAAAACACUUAUGAAUGUCAAAAAAAAGUAUUAGUAUGAUAGAUGUUAUGUAAAUCUACAGUAGCCAGCGACCAUUGUCCACGACGGCUUGUGAUUGUAACGUGCCCGUGAGCAUUCAAUACCGCAUCUCGCUCAACUAGGUUGCCUGAUUGAAUUGUUUGCACUGCGAAUGUAUAGUUGGCUGUACUGGUUUAUAAGGUUAAACCGACGGGGCUCACAGCCCUAUCAUUGUUCACUUGUACCUAAUUAACAUAUUUUAAUACUUGUAAUUUCAUGUCGUCGCGAAAUGAACAAGUGAUGCCAUAUUGUGUGGUGGGGUGCAUCAAAAAACUGCUGUACGUUCGUUACAAAAAUCGUUAUGUAUGCGCUCACACGGCGGCCGGCUAUUGUGGUCGCGAUUACAUUCCAUGUUGUUGUCAGCUCAGUGCCGAAUGUUGUUAUUACUGCCUUGGAGACGAUACAACACAAGUUCCAUAGUGACAGUGAUACCACGGUAAUACCUUACACUCUCUUCCUUGAAUUCUUCCCAAGCCUUCCCGUUACAAGUAAUUUAUUAUUUUAUCUCUUCCAUUAAAGAUUUUUUGUUUCCUUAGAUAAACUAAAAUUGCAAAGGAACACUUGAAAAGCCGUGUCAGCCUAUAUCUAUUGAUACAUAGAUUAAAAGCUUGUCUAAAAGUGCGUGUCCUCAGUCUCGAGUCCCGAUGAAGGAGGCCUGCUAGGAUCUUGGAUCAACAUUUCCCAGACUUGGUAAACAGUUAUUGAGUCAUUUUGGAAACUAUAUUCUCUUAACAUUUCUGUUCCAGAAAAACUGGACUGUAAGCAUAACAUAACACAAGUUUUAGUUAAACUAUUUUAAUAUGUAUUCUUCGUGCGCAGGAUUGUGCGAGCGCCCAAUUAGGGCCCGAGCUGCGCACGAGCUCGGUUCUUGUUUGUGCUUGCUCUUUUGAAAGUACUGACCAAUAUGUAAUAAAAAACCAAUAUAAAUCAUGUUAGUUAUUGUUUUUCAGAGUUGGCUUAAUAUUAUUUCCACACAAUAGUCAGAACUGUGAUGGGUAUCCCACUGUAGAAUCGUGCACGAGCUGAACAGAUAUUUAGUAAAUGAUUGUUAGUUAUCUCUCGUAUCGAUACAGCAGCACGUGUUAGUUGGCACUGCGUCACACGCGGGGGCGCCGCACCUCACGUGACACUGACCGCGCUUUGUCCGCUGUUGUGCGUGUUAUUAAUUAAUUGUUAUUAAAUUAUUCUAAUAGUACAAUACAUAUGAAUAUGAAGCUAUGCGCGGAAAUAUUAGUGUCGUAUUUGAUAUAGCUUCAAGCUUUAUUUACGUUUAAUUUAUCAUUGUAUUAGAGAUUUAUUUUAAAUCCCAAAGAACGUGAGAAUUUUGAAUAAUAUUAUUUGCGUAGAUAUAGUGUGAAGAAAAAUAUUCAACGAUUUGAAUUAAGUAAUGUAAUAUUGGUGUUUAAUGUUCGAUUGUGUGAGCGGCGAGCGGCGGGGUGUCGGCCGCGGAGUGAGCUGUGCUGCAAGACGGGGGCGAUGUUCACGACGGCUUCGUUCUACUAGUCCAUUAAUCCAAUGCUAGUUCCACACUAGUUUUGUCCAUUUAUUACAAAUCAGUACUUGGCUUUAUAUAAUCUAAUUAUUUUUGGUUCACUCGACAUUUCUCGCCCUCGCUACAAAUGUAAUGAAAUAUGCCGCCGACUUGUGGUCGAUCAUACUGCUGACCGCCCAUUAGAGUCGGAUCUCUCCGGUGUAAGGACGAGGUUUAUUUUGAUUUCGUACCGUACCUUUGAAAUGACAAGCCACGUGGCGAACCGUUCUGACACUUGGCGACCGGACGCCGUUACUGGUCGCACAGCAGAGCUCACACCGAGGCGACCACUUGUUAGCAACUGUUCAGUGUUCUUGUAGAUAAUAAGUAACAUGGACCAAGUGGUUUAAUAAAUGAUUUGUUAAACUAUUGCCUGGUAAGCACCUAUGGGGGAGGAGGUUGCUAUCUAUAUAGAUAGAGAUAUAUUUAUACCGUACUAGCAAUAUCGUUGAUGAUAGUUGAAGUACAGGAACGGCGUCGCGUCGUCCAGAACUUACCAUUGUUGAUAAAAAUGUCGAGUAACAUAAACAUAAUAAUAAUCGACUUGGUCCAUGCGACGUAGCGACUGUGUACUGUGGAAGUCUUCUAAAGUGUAACGGUCCGCACUAUAAUAUAUUAUUGUACCGAUUGUAGAGUAGCGCCGCGCGCGAGCCACGCGACAGUGUUGGUGGCUGUUAUACUAUUGUUGUUAUCUCUUUCUUAGGCGCUGUUGUUAGACGCCGGCGGCGUCGUAUCUGUUACGAGUUAAUUGAAUGUAUCUUCAAUAAUAGCUAAUAAUUUCUCAACGUUGACAUGUAUAUGUGUAUCUAUAACUAUAUUGUAUAAAUUUGAUAUAAUAUUAAUAAAAGAAUUAUGAAGUGUCUGUAAA